CUCCUCGCCUUCUUCCUCCACACCCCAAGCACACCAGCCUCCUCACUCCUCACAGUCACAGCAUCCUCUCAGUCCUCACCUUCCUCCCCUCGCCACCACCCACCAAGGAAAGGAGGAUGUCUUGCUGCGGCGGCAACUGCGGAUGCGGCGCCGGCUGCAAGUGCGGCAACGGCUGCGGCGGGUGCAAGAUGUUCCCCGACGUGGAGGCCACCGCCGGCGCCGCCGCCAUGGUCAUGCCCACCGCCUCCCACAAGGGGAGCUCCGGCGGGUUCGAGAUGGCCGGCGGGGAGACCGGCGGCUGCGACUGCACCACCUGCAAGUGCGGCACCGCGUGCGGCUGCUCCUGCUGCAGCUGCAACUGAGCCGGCGCCCAGGAGGCCGGCCGGCAGAGGCGAGCACGAGCAUGAGGAGGACAACUGGACAAGCAACCACCACCACCACCACCACCAUCACUAGCCGCUGCAUGCGCCCGCCCGCGCGCGCGCUGAAUAAAAUAAAACCGUCGUGUGUUCCUUAACUCUGUACCUGUACGCCCGUGUGUUCCACCAGCAGUGUCCUUGCUCAUGCCUCCAAACUCUAAUACAUGGCGCCUCCUCAACUUUGAUAUCGA